UUGAGAGCCUCAAACCUAAUAAAAAAAAGAGUUAUGGCAAGUCUCAAAUUUUAGAAGGCCUCAAAUUUUGAGGGACUUUUAGGGGAUGACCAAAAAAAAAAUUAGGGCAAGUUUUUCAGACGACACAAUCUGCCUCGACACUCCGCAGGACGCAGCCUCCGCUAUCGCUUCAGGCUCAGGUGACACCGUGACAAGAGGGACGAGAGAUUUGUCGGUGGUGUUCAAACGGAGGUCAGACGACAUUGAUUACGAUUGUUCCUAUCAGAAGGAGGCUACACUGGUUGAUUUGUUAGCGGGUGGGUGUAACUUUCAAAAUCUUGAAUGAAGAAAUCCGACAAUUCACUUGCUACUUCAAGUAAAAUUAUGUUCAACGACAACAAAGAACAUGAAUCAUCUUCAGAAGAUGAAGAGGAGAUAGAGCGCGAGCUUGCGGAUGUUACAUUUGAAGAACUGCUAAAGGCACGAUCUAAUGGGUCACAUUUGAUGUACAAAAAACCCAAUUCGGAGAAGAAGGCUGGCCGAGCCAAUAAGAACAGGCCAAUGGAGGUGAGUAGCAAAAAGCCCAUGAGUAGAUUCAGAGAGGUCAUUCAAGCUCCUAAAAAGGUGGUACGUGACCCUCGUUUUGAAUCAUUAUGCGGUGAACUCGAUGUAGAAGGAUUCAAGAAGAGAUACAACUUUCUAUACGAGAACAAUCUUCCUGCUGAAAGAGAGGAACUCAGGAAAUUGAUGAAGAAAUCAAAUGACCCAGAAGUCAUUAAUGAUCUAGAGAAUCAUUUAGCUUGGAUUAAUAAACAACUGAAGUCUGGGUCAACAAAGCGUACUGAUAGUGAGAUUCUGGCUGAGCACAAGAAGAAAGAGAGAGAAGCAACAAAAAAUGGGAAACAACCUUUUUAUCUGAAGAAAUCUGAAAUCCAUAAGCAGAGGCUUAUUGAGAAAUACGAGGAUCUCAAGUCAUCUGGCAAGCUUGAGUCCUUUAUUGAGAAACGAAGAAGGAAGAAUGCGGCAAAGGACCACCGUUACAUGCCAUAUCGUCGUUCCAGCAACAAUGAACAAGACCAAUAACUUAAACUGGUUUCUUGUUACUUGGCAGAUGUAUUUCCAUUAAUUUCAGAUCAGUUAUCGGGCUAACAACAUGCCGACUUUCAGAGUCUCUCUCUUAAUUAGUUUUGUAAUAACUUGACGGGUUAAUUUUUUUUUAUUAGUUUUGUAAUAAUUUAAUUGCUUCGUUUACAGUAGCUGCAUAUGAAGAUCAUUAUUAUUGAGCGUUCA